AUGGACAAUACCAAAUGGAGGGAUAUAUGUGAAAAUGAAAUCAGAAUUAGUAUCUUCCAAUGUCCAACUGACACCCAUGUCUCAGAAAAUAAGACCCAGCGAUGACCGAUCAUUUGCAAUCAUCACGCUGAGGAAUAAUAAAGUACCUCUUAAAUCAGCUUUUGGAACAUUCGUGAUGAAAGUUGAUGAUAUAAUAAACAUACGUAGUGUAUUGGAAGUAAGACCAUCUGCUGGCACAACAUCGAUGAUAUAUUCUGAAUCCAUUCCAGUGUUUGUUCCAAGUUUUAACGUAACCCGUACAUCUCCCGAAAAGAUCAGGAUGAGGGAACAAACGUCAUUCAAUGCAGAUAUAACUCUUCCCCUGUUUGGUGUCAACAAUGCUUAUGCUAAACUCUAUAUGCCGUACAAUGAUAACGAAGCCAAAAUUACUAUUGCUGACUUUGCAGUGUCUGGAAUAUCCGGAGUUGGUAUUGGUGCAACCGACAUUCUCAAUUCACGACUUAAUUCCGGAAUAACCAAAUUUUCUCGGAGUAUGACGUCAGAGGAAGAUACUGCGACUAUCACAUUCCCCACGCUCAAUAUUACAGGCGCUGAUAACGAUGUUAUAAUGCUGACGCUGUUAUGUCAGGGUAUACUACAGGAUUUUAUGGGAUACUCCGAUGGGCAGAACAUAGAAAUGGAUAUUGGAUUUAAACUGAAUGAGGAUUUUAUAUGGAUAGGUAGUACCAAUGCAAGUAUAGAUGAUGAUACUGAUGCUCUGAAACAACGACCGAUUCUAUUGGCGGAACUGACAGAGAUUCACAGAUCCUUGCACCAUGGGACGAUAAAUUGUAAAAUGAAACUGUCGAUAAAUCAUGACGACAAAUCACUAGGAACAGCCUAUAACAUAACCGUGAUCCUCUACUUACCAAACACAGUGACAUUUUUGUCAUCAACAAGACAUGUACACUACUAUGACGUUGUUAAACGUGCACACCAGUUUGAAGAAGAACAGACAGUGCGUUUUGAGCUACCUAGAAUAUCAUUUCCACAUUCAUCACGUAUAAUUUUCAAUGUUACUAUGGAUACAAAGAGAGGACUGUACCUUAACUCAGACAACACAGGUAUUACGUAUGAAGUAUUGUAUUCUGGAUGGAGAACGGAGGAAGUCUUUAGCGUUUCUCUGCAGUACUUUGAAUUGAUGAUUGACAAUAUCAAAGAUAAGAGUACAGAGUUAAUUACAGGAAUGAAGUGUUCUUGUCCUGGAGACAAUGAUGAUAAAACAUGUGCUUGUUGUAGCGAAAAUGCUUGUCAAUGUGGAAAACAAAAUCCCUACAAUUGUGUACCGUGUGACUCUCUGGAUCGGUGUGCAGAAACCAUAAAAGGAUACUAUCAAUUAUCAACACUGCAGGACAUGAAUGGAACUACAUAUCAUUGCGAUGAUAGAACAAAACUAAGACCACGAAGAGUGUUUGCCUCAUGUAUGGCAAGAUUUUCUUCUGGAACUGAAAAAGUACUAUCUCCAUUGGUGUCCGUAAUACUUGGACUUGAUUAUGACAACACAAUUCUGUAUGGACUUUCCAAUAAUGGUCAAGGUUAUGUUUUCAGUUCCGAUCUUGGCACUAGUUGGAUAUCAUGUUCAAAAACAGUUUAUAUUAGUGCUUUGUACAACGACAACUUUAUAAACGCAACACAUACUUAGCUAAAUUUUUAUUUAGUGUUAUAUCUCAUGAAAAUAAAGCAUCAAGUAAUUUUAUCACUCUUUAUUCUAAGAACUUACACCAUAAUGCAUUCAACAUUUCAUUAACAUUAAGAAGUAAAUG